AACUUGAUUAAUCUAGAAAAUGGUUCUAGACCCGAGAAACUGGCAAUUUUUCUGCCAAUAAUUUUGUUGUUUCAUUUACCACUGCACCUGAGGACUUCUAUCCGUUUAUAACAUCGAGAUAAACGAGUGUGCAAUUUUCGUUCUCGGAGAGAUAGUAAGGCCCAAACAUGCUGGCAUCUCUUCGAAAAGCCUGUGGGUCACUGCACGUUCUAAAAAAUGUUAGGGGCAUGCAGACAACAGCAGCACAUACGUCGGAUCAUCUUUUCAUUCACAGGGACUCGGAACAGGAUAAUCCAAACAUACCGUUUGAAUUUAAUGAAGCAAACCAGAAAAGAAUAAAGGCACUCCUUGAAAUUUAUCCGGAAGGUCACAAACGAGGUGCUAUGAUUCCUCUGCUCGAUUUGGCCCAACGGCAGCAUGGCUGGCUACCCAUUUCUGCUAUGCAUAAGGUUGCUGAAAUUUUGGAUGUACCUAACAUGCGAGUCUAUGAAGUAGCAACAUUCUACACAAUGUUCAAUAGAAGACCUAUGGGCAAAUAUCAUAUACAAGUAUGCACGUGUACACCUUGUUGGCUGCGAGACUCUGAUUCGGUAUUGAACGCUGUAUGCAAAGCUACAAACUGUGAGGUUGGUGGCACUUCUGCUGAUAACUUGUUUACAAUCUCUGAAGUGGAAUGCCUUGGAGCAUGUGCCAAUGCACCAAUGCUUCAGGUCAAUGACGAUUACUAUGAGGAUCUGACUCCAGAGACUACAGAGAAAAUUAUUAAUGCGUUGAAGAAGGGUGAACGACCACCUCCGGGUCCACAAAAUUCACCACGCUUUGCCGCAGAACCUGCUGCUGGCCCUACAUCUCUGACAAGCCCUCCUCCACCUCCUGGUUUUGGUAUAAGGUCUGACCUAUGAACUGGGUCAUGGAGUAAUUAGAGAAUGUUGCUACGAUAGUAUAAACAUGUGUAUACACUCCUCUGAACAUAGUUGUAAAGUUCAAUAAAUUAUAUUAAUGCCCUA